AUGAAGGAAGAUGAAGAAAAAUUCGAAACCGAAUCAGUACUAAGUGGAGGAAGAGUAACCGAAACCGAAUAUGUAGUACGACGUGAAAAACCGAAAAUCCCAAUAUUUGCAUAUUCUGCAAAAGCUAAGAAAGAUGAACAAGAUGCUAUAGAUAAGAAAUCAGAUAUUUUUAAUCUUACCGAAAAAGAUGAAACGAAGAAAGAUGAAGUAAAACUGGAAACCAAACCAUUAGAGGGUGACGCUAAAACUGAAGGUAAACCAUUAGAAGGUGAAGAAAAAACUGAAACCAAACCAUUAGAAGGUGAAGCAAAAACUGAAACCAAACCAUUAGAAGGUGAAGAAAAAACCGAAACCAAACCAUUAGAAGGUGAAGCAAAAACUGAAAUCAAACCAUUAGAAGGUGAAGCAAAAACUGAAACCAAACCAUUAGAAGGUGAAGCAAAAACCGAAACCAAACCAUUAGAAGGUGAAGCAAAAAUUGUAACCAAAACAUUGAGAGGUAACGUUAAAAUUGUAACAAAACCAUUGAAAGGUAAAGCUAAAACUGAAGCUAAACCAUUAGAAGGUGAAGCUAAAACUGGAGCUAAACCAUUGAACAGUAGCGCUAAAACUGAAGCUAAACCAUUAGAAGGUGAAGCUAAAACUGAAGCUAAACCAUUAGAAGGUGAAGCUAAAACUGAAGCUAAACCAUUAGAAGGUGAAGCUAAAACUGAAGCUGAACCAUUAGAAGGUGAAGAUAAAACUGAAACCCAAACACAGCCAGAAACUGAAAGUAAAUUCAAUGCAUUGAAAUAUUUUACCACUCCAGAACCAAAGAAAGAUGGCGAAAUUUUGGAAACUAAACCAGUUGCAGAUGGCGAAAAAUUGGAAGCCAAAUUAGUGGCAGGUAGCGAAAAGCAUGAAAGCCCAUUACACGAUGAUGACCAAAAAAGCAUAGCAUCCAGUUCGAUGGAUGUUGUGAGAAAAGACUCUAUGAAAUAUAACAAAUAUAGUAUCCCAACAGAAACAGUAAAAGAAAGAGAAAACGCAUCAGAAGUCGGAACUGAGUACCAGAUGCACGUUCUUAGUGAAGAGAAGAGUGUAGGAGGACACGACGAUGAAGAAGCAAGCGUGUACUAUUACAAUGAAGAAAGCACGGAAGGAGGAGACGAUGAAGAAGCAAGCGUGUACUAUUACUAUGAAGAAAGCAAGGAAGGAGGAGACGAUGAUGAAGCAAGCGUGUACUAUUACUAUGAAGAAGGCACGGAAGGAGGAGACAAUGAAGAAAGAGACGGUGAAGAAGUAGGAGACGGUGAAGAAGGAGACGGUGAAGAAGUAGGAGACGGUGAAGAAGUAGGAGACGGUGAAGAAGAAGGAGACGGUGAAGAAAGAGACGGUGAAGAAAGAGACGGUGAAGAAAGAGACGGUGAAGAAAGAGGCGGUGAAGCAGAAGGAGAAGGUGAAGAAGAAGGAGAUGAUGAUGAAGAAAGCGUAUACUAUCAUAAUCAAGAAGAUAAGGAAGAAGACAUUGAAAGACAAAUGAACAAUUUGCAUGAAGAAGGUAUGCCAACUAUAGAUCCAAAUGAUGAAGAUUUGGAACAUGAGCAAGAAAAAAAAUUGCCACGAAGAAGAGAACCCGACGAUGAAAAUAAUGUGGAAAAAAAAAAGCUUGUAUUCACAGAUUACAAAGAAUGGCUUGAUCAAAAGGAACACCCUCUAAUGGUCUCCCUAAAAUAUUGGUGGGAUAAGAUUCUUAAUUCCAGUUUUAUGAUUUGGUAUAGAUAUAAAGGUCAAGAUAAAGAGGAAGGAGUGCCCACAAAUCCUGACUGGGAGAAUUGGUUGCAGGAAAUGAAGAAUGAAUGGUCACGCUACAAUGUCUACAUACACAAGGAAAGAACUAAAUGGUUCCAAGAAAAGGAAAUUGAGUUCCGUCAAUUUAUAAAAGAUUUCCAAUUUAAAUGGAUGCACUACAACAAAGAAUUGUUAGAAGAUCACUCUUUCGAUGUUUAUAAAAAAUCACUAAAAUGGAAAGAUUCCAAAUGGAUUAAAUGGAUUGAAAAGGAUGGAGAAUCUAUCAUGAUGAUGGAUAUAGAAAAAUGGAUAGACAAAAUUAGAACAGAAUACAAUUUAUGGCUACUGAAAGAUUGGGAACAAUGGAAAAAUAACAAAAUUUUGGAUUGGUUAUUGAGUGAAAAAAAAUGUGAUCAAUAUCAGUACUGGCUAAAAUGGGAGUAUUCAAAUAAUCAACCAUCACUUAGAAACGAAAAACUCGAAUGGUACAAAUGGAAGAAGGUUAGACGAAGUGAAGCUAAAGACUGGCAAAAAUGGGUUCAAGAAAAAGAUCAGGCAUUAAUAGAAGUUAAGAAUGAAAUAUGGAAAAAUUGGAAAGAGGAAAAAAAAAACGUAUUUUACUCAAUGCUCAGCCACUUUAUUAACAACUGGAUAGCCAAGAAGCAAUGGAAAGUAUGGAUACUCGACUUGCAAGGAACAAUGUCAAAAGGAUAA